GCAUGAGUUGCUGCAAUUCUACGCGCGGUCGUCGAUCCUGGCUGGAUCUUUCAGCCUGAGCGGGUCACGGCAUUGAGGCACUGGACGCUGGAGACCUCCUCGAGCGUACUUCCGCCUUUCACGAUCCCAGAAGCCACAAUACCAUCAUCGGACGAUAUCGCUGGUAUCGAAUCUCGGUCAUCUGCGGUUCUCUAGCCCGGACGUCAUCUGGUAUGCUUUCAACUCGUCUUGGACACCUCAUCUCCCGUGCAUCUCAAUUUUUGCCAUCGACCAGAUACGCGCGCGACGGUCUCUUCCCCGCCCAACGCUCCAUCACGCCACACAAAAGCCUUGCUCCAGAUCAUCAGCGCUCGUCCUGAUAUAUCUGUGGCGUUCAUUCCACACUUUUUGGCUUUGGCAAGUCCCAGAUCACUCUUCCCACAGGGUUGGCUGAGACGCCAAGCGGCUGUAGAAUUCCGAUCCUCGAAACCUGUUGACAGAUUUCAAGUCUUUUUCGGAUUGCUACGUGCACACCAACAACCAUCCACCUACCCAGGGUCCCCCCUUACAAGUAUCAUGACUACUGUGGUCCAACACUCUAAUCUCAUACCUUCAGCUUUCGACUUUUAUCAUCCUUCUCAGUUCGCGUCGGCACCGAAUGCGUCGCGAAAGGAGGGGAUGAAUCCACAUUACUAUGGUGCUCCUGCUCCGACGACCACAGUUAGCGAAAAUCCUCGCCCAACUCCCACGGGACCCUUCACCUUCAAUGCUGGGACGUCACAGCAAUCGUAUGUAGCUUUGGCAAAUGCAUCUUCACCGACUUUCCCAACCUCAAUAGCUCCUCGGGCACCACCACUUUUUCCUAGCUCACCUACGUCCCAAACUUCACUACGUCAAGUCCCCGCCUUCCCCCAAACAGGAUCCCCAGAAACCGUCACAAGAUCCUCAUUCAGAGCCUCGGCCUCUUCAUUUCCACCAUCUACGCCUCAGGAUCAGCUAGCGUUCACGGGGUCGCAUAGUCAUGGUUCCACAACAGACUCAUCAAGUAGACCCGAUCAUCGUGUCGGUCCUUCGAAUCUAGAGUCUCCUUCCGCUGUAAGGCCGCUCGUCGGCCAACAGAAAUCGAGUAGGUGCUCACUAUAUGUUCGACAACAGCCUCGAGCGGCUCGUGCUGGACCAGAUGGCAAAGACAGAAGGCCUAUCGACCCUCCCCCAAUACUUCAGCUGAUGAUGCAAGACUUCGACCCAGAUAACCCUGCGGAUGUGGAAGAAAUCAAAAGCCAAUGGUGGGUGGUGCACUGUAAGCUGGUGGCGGCUGAGACACCGAGUCAAGAUCUGACCACCAUGCACUUUUUUCGCGACGACGGUCGGAGAGAAGUUCAAAGAUUACUCCUUGGGACUACAGUGGCCAGCCCGACUGUGACUAUGGAUGACCCUGACCCGGACACGAUGCCGCAACAUCCUCGAUCACCCGCCGCCCCUCCCAGUCCUACGAUCGACCGGUUCAUCCCGAGGUCUGCAGCUUCAGCGACAGGGAAAGCAAGACCACCACAUCUGAUACCGGGCACUUUCUUCAUAUUCGCUGAUUUGUCCGUCCGAAGAGCCGGUGAUUAUCGCCUACAAUUCACUCUUAUGAAAAUGGACGCCGAAUACCUGAGUCAGGGCUCAACGGUUCCGUGUAUUGAUACGACCAUCAGUGUGCCGUUUCGGGUCGUCAAUGCAAAAGAUUUUGAUCAAGUGCAGCCAAGCACGAAUCUAGUAAAAGGUCUUCUACAGCGUGGCGCAGGGUUUCCUCUGAAGCUGAAGAAGGGAAACAGAGAGGGCCAAAGACGCAGGAGGCACACUUCCGGUGGUGAUUCGGAGGACUCGGACGACGAUGACGACUAUUGAGACGAGCAAACUUUGAGCUGUGGAAGCGCAAACCCAUACAAUGAGGCACAGGAGAAGGAAACAUGAUCGGUAGAUUGCGAUGGCUGUUGAAAAAGAGGAACUUGAUGCAUGUGGGUGAGCGGAGGUCACCUCCAGGCGUGUAGUCCAUUCGGAGGCCACUGUGUGUCUACACAAUCUGCACCUGAGCAACUGGGCCUCGAUCAAGCCACGCAUUCUUUCAAUAUGCUCUUGAUGAGCGGUUUACGAAAGACUUUACAUUCACCAGAAUACGGAGUAGCUGGACUGGGUAUGCGAUGUUGGUCAAGGAUACCACUGCAUCACACCAUGUAGUGCGCUACCAUGGGCCGGAAGACAAAGCUGCAAAAUGAACGAAGUUAUGGCACGGCACCAAUGGCGCAUUAGAUGGUUACCAGAGCCGAGAGUGGUGCGAGAGAAAGCGAACUUUGAGCGAUGCCAGAUAUGCACGCUAAGGGUGCGAUUUACCUGGAUGGCCCGGAAAGUCGCAGGACGAUUGUUUCCAGGCGGAGGGCACCAAUAUGACAGCUCGCCUACGGUGUCAAGGGGCGGCAUCGUGAAACACCACCCAGGCUCUGAAUAAUGAAGUCCGAAAGAGAAAUCCCCGGGGUGGCCAUGGACCAGGACUUGUCUCCUCACUAAUACAUGCUGAGAAUAAUGACCGGAAAUACUUCGUUCGACACGGAUGCUGGUACUAUUCCGAAAGGAGUCUGUGGACAACGUGGGCGGGUACUGUCCUGGGAAGAAAUGAUUAGGGGACGUCAAAAGCAGAUUCUCUCGCGUCAGGGAAGAAGCAAGCUCGCUGAAACCCAGCUCGUAUCGUACCAAUUUGUAAAGCCAACUACCCUUAUCCAGCAUGGUGCAGCGGCUACUAAUGCGCUGACCGCAUGGUGAUGGCAGCCUUGUGUGUGCAUGAGCGCGUAAAUGGUACAUCCCAGCACGGUUACAGAUGCCUUGGACAGUGGUGUGAGGUGGUUCUUUUGGCCCUUUAAGGAGUUCCAGACCUCCGGCUAACGAGAAGC